AUGGUCGCUACACGAAACCAUCCCUCGGGCGCAUACGAAACCGACACUCCCCCCAAAGCUUCACCUACUAAGCGCUCCACGCGAACGUCGGUCGCCGCGAGCGACAGCUUGUCAGCGAGGACAGCCGCCUCGCCUACUCCGACUCCAACGCGCACGCGAGCAAGCACUCGUCGCGGAGAAUGGGCGCAUACACCGUCCAAUCUGACGCUCAUCUGGCUUGCUGUCAGCCUGCCGUUGGUCAUCUGGGACACAGGUUACGUCCUCCUGCGACCGCAUUCAAUGCCUGGCGGAGCCUUACACUACCCAAUCUGGAGCCCGUAUGAGCUGUACGGUCGGAUCGAUAGGGUAUAUGGCUUCGAAGCGAUCGAAGCCAAGAAUGGAUGGACUGCCGCGCAGGGCCUGGUGAAUGCCAUCGAAACAGCGGCGUACCUCGCAUACCUCUACAUUGUGUAUCAAUAUGGAGAGCAAGAGCCGAUCCAAGGACGUGGUGCGCCAGGAAAGAGCGUGAUGGGCCGUCUGCGAGGGCUUAGUGAGAGUCGCACGCUGACUGGGCGACUUGCGGCCGUCGCAGUCUUGAUCGGAUUCAGCACGGCGACUGUGACAUUCUGGAAAACGGUCUUGUACUGUAAGUUUCUCCCUUGCGCAAUAAUCUCAAACAGUUCUGACGGCAGCAGGGUUGAUCGAGAUCUUCUCGGGGUUUCAUUCCAUUGGACAUAAUGAUAUGUCGACCAUAGUCCUUCUCUGGGUUCUUCCAAACGGACCUUGGCUUGUCUUGCCGCUGUAUAUGAUCUAUGUCUUUGGCGCAGAGAUUUUGCAAGGCCUGGAAACUGCAACAGGCGCUAACAAGAAGUCAGGGUAG